UAUAUUUUUCAAAAAGAAACAAGAGAGAUUUCUCACAUAGACCCACAUAGAUCAAUCAUUCUAAGUCUAACCACACACUUUUGGUGUAUAAAUACCAAAAUAUCUUAGCCAUAUUAACAUAUUGUGGUCAUGGCAAUAGAUCAUGAGUCAAGGAUCACUCUCCGGCCAUUCAAAGAAAGUGAUGCUGACGAUGUGUUAUUGUGGGCAAGUGAUGAAAGAGUCAUGCAAUAUACACGAUUGAAGUUAUGUAAAUCAAGGGAACAAGCUUUGAAUUUCAUAAAGAAAGAUUGUAUUUACCCAUUCCAACAAUCAAUAUGUCUUGAUGAUCACUCUAUUGGAAUUGUUUUUGUUCUUCCAAUUUCUUAUGCAAAGUUUAAAGCAGAUUUAGGUUUUGCUAUUGGAUUCAAUUAUUGGGGCCAAGGUAUAGCCACAAAAGCACUUAAGAUUCUUUUGUCUCGAGUGUUCCAAGAGUUUCCUGACUUGCAAAGGUUGCAGGCUAAUAUUCUUGUAGACAACAUGGCUUCACAAAGGGUGUUGGAAAAAGUUGGCUUCCAUAGGGAGGGAUUGUUCAGAAAGGUUUUUCAUCACAAAGGGAAUAUUGUGGAUGCAUAUAUUUUUAGUUUCUUGUCUACUGAUGAAAUUCCUCAUGAUGUUUUUGAUUAGUUAGUGUUGGCAGUAAUAGAUACAUUUUUCUCUCAAAAGUGGUCUAUUUGGAUAUUUUUAGAGAGAACUUCAAUUUCUCUCUAACUUUUCUCUUAUAUUUUCAUAGGAGAUAAGUGGUUUUGAGUCAAUUUUUUGGGGUAUGAAUCACCCAUUUAUAUUUCUGUUGUUUUUUAAUCUCUGUUAAAUUAGUGGUAUUCACAUAGAUCUGAUUUUUCAUCUGUGUUUUUUAUGUAAUUUCGUCAUCUCAUUAUAAUAUUGUUUUGUGGGGGUUCCUCUUGUUAUAA